UUAUUUAAUUAUUUUUUAACAGCAAUGGAAGAUCUUGAAGGAAGUUCAAGGGGUCGUAAUUUUUCUUCUGACGAGGAUGCAUCUUUGUGCCGAGCUUAUAUAGCGAUUAGUGAAGAUCCACUUAUUGGAAAAAAUCAAUCAAUGACUACAAUGUGGAAGCGAAUACAAGAAAAAUUUCACGAGUUGGUUCCUGAUGGAGGUGAAAAGAGAACAGCAAAAAGUCUGAAAUCCCACUGGACGAAAAUCAAUCAAAGUUGUACAAGAUUUGCUGAAUGUGUUGCUCAAAUAACUUUGAGGCCAAGAAGCGGAGCAAAUGCCAUUGACAAUUUGGAUGACGCAAGACUACUAUACUUUAACUUGGAUCAUUGCUGGACAAUUUUACAAGAUGGCAAAAAAUGGAGGGCUAUCAUCGGAGUUCAAUUCUCCCAAAGUGCAAAUAUCACUUCAAGUCCGAACAUAUUUUCUAGUCCGAGUGAAUAUGGAGGGGAUUCGGUGCCGAAGACCCAAAAUUUACCUGAAUCAUCAAACACCAACGUAAGGCCGAUGGGGUCCUCAGUUGAAACCCCGGAGAGGAAAGCAUGGUUGAUUGAACAACAAAAUGCCAUUAUUGCAAAAAGGUCAUCUCGUUCACUGAAUUUUGAUGAUGGUGUCUAUCACCCCGAAAUGCCUCCAUCUGAUUAA